GUCGCCCAUGGUGCUCACUAGGCGUCACGGCCGCACAGUCCUGUGUUCACGGCGUUAAGGACGCAGCACCGUAGCCUUCUAGCUAGCCGCAUCUGUCACUUCAUUUUAAUAACUCAUUCCGAAGGCCAGUCGUGUAUUUUAUACUACAUUGUUUCGUUAUUAUAUUAUCAUUAAGUUGUUUUAAUUCUCGUUUUAGAUACAGUGAAUACGUUGAUUUUUAAAAAAUGAUCAAGAACGGUCAUCACGCAACAACCGAAGGCGAAGGAGACGGAUCAAAUGCCGGCACUACAGCCUGUAGCCCGGAGAAGAGGAAACGUAUUGUACGGGUGUGGUGUGACGGAUGUUAUGACAUGGUGCACUAUGGUCACUCAAACCAGCUCCGGCAGGCUAAGGCUAUGGGAGAUUACCUCAUCGUUGGGGUCCACACUGAUGGAGAGAUCUCGAGGCACAAGGGCCCCCCCGUGUUCACCCAGGCAGAGCGCUAUAAGAUGGUGCGAGCCAUAAAGUGGGUGGAUGAGAUUGUGGAGGGGGCGCCCUACGUCACCACGCUGGAGACCCUGGACAAGUACAACUGCGACUUCUGCGUGCACGGAGAUGACAUCACGCUAACCGUGGACGGAAAGGACACGUACGAGGAGGUGAAGAAGUCAGGCAGAUACAGGGAGUGUAAGCGCACGCAGGGCGUGUCCACCACAGACCUGGUCGGCCGCAUGCUGCUGAUGACUAAAGCACACCACAGCAACAUCGACAAUUCUGAGUACCAGCGGCAUACAGACAACUUUGGAAAGGGUCCGAAAGGCCACAGCCCUUGGACGGGGGUGUCCCAGUUCCUCCAGACGUCCCAGAAGAUCAUCCAGUUUGCCUCUGGGAAGGAGCCCCAGCCGGGAGACACCAUCAUCUACGUGGCUGGAGCCUUCGACCUAUUCCAUAUUGGUCAUGUGGACUUCCUGGAGACCGUGUACAAGCAGUCUGACAAGCCCUACGUCAUCGUGGGGCUGCACUUCGAUCAGGAGGUGAAUCGCUACAAAGGGAAGAACUAUCCCAUCAUGAACGUCCACGAGAGAACCCUGAGUGUACUGGCCUGCAGGUAUGUGUCGGAGGUGGUGAUUGGAGCACCCUACGCCGUGGGGCGGGACUUGUUGGACCACUUCAAGGUAGACCUGGUGUGCCACGGAAAGACGGAAGUUUUUCCAGACAAGGACGGCUCGGAUCCUUAUGCUGAGGCCAAGAGGAGGGGCAUAUUCCGCACGGUGGACAGCGGCAACGGCCUGACCACCGAUGACAUCGUCCAGAGAAUCAUCAAGAACAGGCUGCAGUUUGAAGCUCGGAACCAGAAGAAGGAGGCCAAGGAGAUGGCGGUGAUCCAGGCCAUGAAGCUCCGUGAGGAGGAGAAGAGUCAGGAACAAGCCCAGGCUGCGCUGUAGGAGAGCCACGCCCCCCUCGCCCUUCCCCGCCCAAUCGCCACGCCCCCCUCACUCUGCCCCGCCCCCACUCCCAUACCCCCACUGCAGCAGCCAUGGCAACACCUUCUACAGGGAAAAAAAAAGCGUAAAAUGACUUCCAGUUGUGUGUGUGUGUGUGUGUGCGUGCGUGUGUAUGUUCUGGAAAAUAUGCAGUUUUCUUUGCUUUUCUUUCUUUUCUGUUUUUGUUUUUUAAUUGUUUAAUAAUGAUGCACGUUUGUUUUUAGCUUGUUUUUAUUGGUGUAUCUGAAUGCAUGAGGUUCAGAAAGAGAGAGAGAGAG